UAUACAUAAAUUUAUAAAAAAAAGAAGAUAACCCAAUUUUUGUAUUGUUGAUAUGUAAUGUAAAUUUAAAAGAAUUUUAAUUAUAAGAUGGCAGAAAAUGCUGCAAAUUUUACAUUUACUCUCCAAAACAGACCUAGUAUUUUAGAAGUAAUUGCUCAACAGUCGUUAAACAACACUUUACAUCCUGCCUUUCAAAAGAUCGCCUUGUUUUUAUCUACUAAUGUACCUUAUAAAUUCGGAUGGUUAAACAAAUAUUUUGAGGAAACAUUUGCAAUAUUAAAUGGUUUGCUACAAUAUCAUUAUUUAACAUAUUAUGAUGCAUCUUUUUCCGAGAACUUUUAUGGUCUUAAAAGACUGACUUCUUCAAAUGAAACACUGACUAAAAAACAUAGAGAACUAUCAUUAAUUUUUUUAGUAGGAAUACCUUAUUUUAAGAGAAAGUUGGAAGAAAAAAUAACAGUUAUCAGGAUAGAACAAGCUGAAGGCGCAUUAAAAAGUGAUUUUGAGAGUAUUAUGAAGAAAUUUUUGUUAUUUACACAUUCGACGUUCGAAUUUGUUUGGGGGGUGUUUUUAAUACAUAAUUAUAUAAAAUAUAUGGCACAAAGUACAGAAUAUCAAACACCAAUAUAUCAAUUGAUAGAUACCAAAUUAGUGUAUGAUAGAAAUGUUGAAGAUCAAUCUGGUUUUUGGACGUCUCUCUUUAAAGGCAGUUUGAGUUUAUCGCAAAUAAAUUUUGGUAUUAUCAGAAACGGAAUUUCGACAACUUUAGAAGUGGGCGCAUUUUUUUUACAAUUUUUGCAAGUAUGGAAUUCACAAAAAUCCAAUUACAAUAUGACAGAUUUACCAAAUGUACCAGCACCGAUGUUGGAUAAUAAGGCGAAAAAAUACGAAGGAAAAUGUCCUUUAUGUUUAAAAUCCUGGACGAUACCCACAGUUUUACAAGUUUCCGGGUACAUUUUUUGUUUCCGGUGUAUAUUGAGGCAUUUAAACGAGCAUCAAAAAUGUCCGGUGACUAGUCUUCCAGCUAAACCACUUGAUAUUGUGAGAUUGUAUAUUAAUUAAAUGAAAAAUGAAUUUUCGAUUCGGAUAAAUGUAGAUUAUAGUGAAAUUAAUGAGUUUAAGAAAUAAAAAUUUGUUCCUGUUAAUAAAUAUUUUCAUAAA